AUGGACGCAAGGAGCUCUUCCGAGGUAGGGCAAACCUCGCCCGGAAGCACGAGAGACAUUCCCAGACCCAGACUCCUCUUGCCGGCGAGUUGCGAUCCGCCCAUGCCCAAUGCACCGCGGCGACAGCUCGUAUGGAUUGUAUUCGGCGGCACCGGCCACAUGGGUCGGUCGCUCGUCAAGUGCGCCCUCAGCCGAGGCGACCUCGUCUGCGCCGUAGGCCGGACCUUUGAGACGACGCCCGAGGCCAUGACGGAGCAGCACGCGGGACCCAACUCGCUGGGGCUGCUCUGCGACGUGCGGGCGCGCGACAGCGUGGCGCGGGCGGUGGAGCGGACGCUGGCGCACUUCGGGCGGCUGGACGUGGUGGCCAACUGCAGCGGGUACGGCGUCAUCGGGGCGUGCGAGGACCAGGACGAGCACGAGAUCCGCAACCAGUUCGAGACCAACUUCAUGGGCACCCUGCACAUCAUCCAGGCCGCCCUCCCCUACUUCCGCCGCCAGCAGGCCGGCCGCUACCUCAUCUUCAGCUCCACCAGCGGCGCCCUCGGCGUUCCGGGCCUCGGCCCCUACUGCGCCACCAAGUACGCCGUCGAGGGCCUCAUCGAGGCCAUGCUGUACGAGAUCGACGGCUUCGGCAUCAAGGCGACGCUGGUCGAGCCGGGCCUUGUGCGGCGCGACGAGCCGGACGAGCCGGCCCUGGGCGGCGCCGGGGGCGGGGGCGCGGCGGUCGUCAGCCCGCUGCCGACCUGGGGCCACUUCCUGAUCAAGCCGGCGUCCGAGGCGUACGCGCACGCGGCCAGCCCGGCGCUGCACGCCAAGCGCAUGGUGCAGUGGCUCGGGGACCGGCAGCCGACGAGCGCCGUCAAGUGCGCCGAGCUGGUCUGGCAGCUGGGCCACUGCAGCUACCCGCCGCUGCGCCUGGUGCUGGGCAGCUACGCCAUCGAGAGCAUCCGCGACCGCCUGCGCAGCGUCACCGAGGAGCUCGAGGACUGGAAGCACCUCAACUUCCCCGCGGCGUCCGACGCGCCCCCGGCCGCCGAGAUGAGCAGCAUCAACGUCGCGACCACGGCGGCCGCGGGAGGAGGGGGAGCGGGAGGCGCCGCGGUGUCCGAGAGGGGCGAGGAUGAGGGGGCUGGCGACGGGGAGGGCGAGGGCGAUGAUGGGGAUACGGCGAUGGGGUGA